AGAAAACUUUGUUUGGAGUAAGGCAGGAGUGUGUAAAGUGUGUGCAGAGUCUAACUGCUUUUCUGUUGUCGGGCUUCAGUCUGCAGUGUCUCGUGCGUUUUGUGUGUGUGCACUGUGUGUGUUUGCAGACUACUUUCACUCUGCACUUUGGACUGCGUGUGUCCUCUUGUUUUUGUUGUCUUGAGGGAUUCGCUCCAACUUUAACUCGUCUGGACUGAAGCUGCAGACAUGGAGGAGGAUGAGGAGGAGAGCUGCAGCGUUUACCCGACGGUCGUCCAUCUGGGCAGUGAGCUGCGAGCUCAGAUGCAGCGUUUCGUGGAGGAACGAACAGAAGCUAAUCUGUGGACGGCCGUGCUGAUCGUAGCCGGGGUGGCUGUUUCUGUCGUCGGCGUUUUCGUCUUUUUCCUAUACAGAAGAUACAAAGUGUCCAAGGAGGAGGCCGGCGGCCCCCACUACCGCUUCAGGAAGAGGGACAAAGUGAUGUUCUACGGCCGCAAGAUCAUGAGGAAGGUUUCCACCUUGUCCUCCGGCCCUCCCAACAACUCAAACUCGGCGUCCCGGCAGAGGGUGAGGAAGAGGACCAAAGUCCUGUCCAUCGCUCGCAAGAUCCUGCGUAUCCGGAGGGAGCCCCCCACCCUGCAGCCCAAAGAGCCCCCGCCCUGCCUGCUGGAGGCCGACCUGACGGAGUUCGACGUGCAGAACUCGCACCUGCCGUCCGAGGUGCUGUACAUGCUGAAGAACGUCAGGGUGCUGGGCCACUUCGAGAAGCCCCUCUUCCUGGAGCUGUGCCGUCACAUGGUGGUCAUCCAGCUGCACCAGGGGGAGGCGCUCUUCCGACCCGGAGACACCGACGACAGCAUCUACGUGGUCCAGGACGGCCGGCUGGAGCUGUGCAUCCGCGAGAGCGACGGGACGGACGCCGUGGUGAAGGAGGUGCUGACGGGAGACAGCGUCCACAGUCUGCUCAGCAUCCUGGACAACAUCACCGGUUAUACGGCUCCCUAUAAGACCGUGUCUGCGAGGGCGGCGGCGCCGUCCACCGUCCUGCGUCUUCCAGCAGCAGCCUUUGAGUCCGUCUUUGAAAAAUAUCCAGAGACUCUGAUCCGAGUCAUCCAGAUCAUAAUGGUGCGUUUGCAGAGAGUCACCUUCCUCGCCCUGCACAACUACCUGGGCCUCACCACUGAGCUCUUCAACCCGGAGAGUCAGGCCAUCUCGUUGGUGUCCCUGGCGAACGUCCUGGGUGAGACUCACCCUCAUAAAAACCUCCGCCGGCAGCAGUCGCACUCGGAUGAACCGGGCUCUGAGAAAUCAGACACAGCAGAAAAGUCCAGCCCGUCCGAGAUGUCCUCCAUGAAAUGCAAGAAGUCUCGCUCGCUGUCCAACCCCAUGGCUGUUACAAGUGAAAUGUCGCUGGACCUGAACAGAGUUUACGAACGAGCUCGAGUUUCCAAAGAAGAGGCGGCGCCUCCGAGUCCCGUGAAGUCCAUCCUGAAGAAGACGGUGACCAUGCAGCACGCCCCGUCCGCCGUUUACCACUACAGCGAGACCGGAGCUCAGAACGUCCAUUACAACAAGGUCAACGCCAUUUUCGAGGCCGCUAAAAAGGAUUUGCUGCAGAUCAUCCAGAUAGAGAAUCCCAGCCUUCUGGAGGGGAGGGUGACUCUUCGUCAGGUCAAAGCCGGGACGGUCGUGGCUCAUCAGGGAGAUCAGGACACGCACGUGGAGUUUGUCAUCUCGGGUUUGCUGCACGUCUACCAGCGAAUGAUCGACCGCGAGGAGGAGAGCCUGCUGUUCGUGGCCCACCCCGGCGAGAUGGUGGGUCACCUGGCCGUCCUGACGGGGGAGCCGCUCAUCUUCACCGUGCGGGCGCAGAGAGACUGCACCUUCCUCUCCAUCUCCAAGGCCCACUUCUACGAGAUGAUGCGGGAGGAGCCGCGCGUGGUCCUGAACGUGGCGCACACCGUGGUCAGGAGGGUCUCGCCUUUCGUCCGACAGAUCGACUUCGCUCUGGACUGGAUGGCCGUGGAGGCCGGACGGGCCGUUUACAGGCAGGGCGACAAGUCGGACAGCACGUUCAUCGUCCUCAGCGGCCGGCUGCGCUCCGUCAUCGCGAAAGAUGACGGGAAGAAGGAGCUGGUGGGGGAGUACGGUCGGGGGGAUCUGAUCGGCGUGGUGGAAGCUCUGACGCACAUGAACCGGGCCACCACCGUGCACGCCGUACGAGACUCCGAGCUGGCCAAACUGCCUGAAGGAGCGCUCAACUCCAUCAAGAGGCGCUACCCGCAGGUGGUCACCCGCCUCAUCCACCUGCUGGGCCAGAAGAUCCUGGGCAACAUGCAGCAGGUCAGCGGGCCGCUGGCAGACCGAGGCCUGGGUCUGCACACGCCCAGCAGUAAGUGGGAUUCUGGGAAUCCGGCGUCCAACCUCUCCACCGUGGCCAUCCUGCCCGUGUCCGACGACGUGCCGCUGACGGCCUUCACUCUGGAGCUGCAGCACGCCCUGAGCGGCAUCGGCCCGCCUCUCCUCCUGACCAGUGACAUCAUCAAACAGCGCCUGGGCUCUGCGGCUCUGGACAGUGUCCACGAGUACCGUCUGUCCAGCUGGCUGGGCCAGCAGGAGGACAUCCACCGGAUCGUCCUGUACCAGUCGGACCCCAGCCUCACGCCGUGGACGCAGCGCUGCAUCCGUCAGGCCGACUGCAUCAUCAUCGUGGGCGUGGGCGAGCAGGAGCCCGCGGUGGGCGAGCUGGAGCGCAUGCUGGAGGGCAGCUCGGUCCGGGCCCAGAAGCAGCUGGUGCUGCUGCACCGGGAGGACGGCCCCCCGCCCAGAGGGACCGCCGAGUGGCUCAACAUGCGGACCUGGAUCUCCAGACACCACCACCUGUCCUGCCCCCGCAGAGUCUUCUCCAGGAGGAGUUUACCCAAGCUGAGGGAGCUGUACCAGCGUGUGUUUGAAAAGUGUCCGGACCGCCACUCGGAUUUCUCCCGGCUGGCCAGGAUCCUGACAGGAAACAGCAUCGCUCUGGUGCUGGGAGGAGGCGGAGCCAGGGGCUGCUCUCAGGUGGGCAUCCUGCGGGCGCUGAACGAGGCGGGGAUCCCCGUCGACCUGGUGGGCGGCACCUCCAUCGGCUCCUUCAUGGGGGCGCUGUACGCCGAGGAGAAGAGCAACAGCCGCAUGAGGGUCCGGGCUCGAGAGUGGGCCAUGGACAUGACCUCCUUCUUCAAGAAGAUCCUGGACCUGACCUACCCCGUCACCUCCAUGUUCUCCGGCGCCUCCUUCAACUCCACCAUCAGCUCCGUCUUCAAGGACCGGCAGAUCGAGGACUUGUGGCUGCCCUACUUCAACAUUACCACAGACAUCACGGCGUUCUCCAUGAGGGUUCACACGUACGGCUCGCUGUGGCGCUACGUCCGGGCCAGCAUGUCUCUGUCCGGCUACCUGCCGCCGCUCUGUGACCCCAAAGACGGACAUUUACUGAUGGACGGCGGAUACAUCAACAACCUGCCAGCGGACGUGGCUCGCUCCAUGGGCGCCAAAGUCGUGAUCGCCAUCGACGUCGGAAGCCGGGAUGAGACCAAUCUGACCAACUAUGGAGACCAUCUGAACGGCUGGUGGCUGCUGUGGAAGAGGCUCAAUCCCCUGGCGGAGAAAGUGAAGGUCCUGAACAUGGCCGAGAUCCAGAACCGGCUGGCCUACGUGUGCUGCGUGCGCCAGCUGGAGCUGGUCCGGGACAGCGAGUACUGCGAGUACAUCCGGCCGCCCAUCGACCGCUACGGCACGCUGGAGUUCGGCAAGUUCGACGAGAUCGCUGAGGUGGGAUACCAGCACGGGAAGACGCUGUUCGACGUGUGGCAGCGCAGCGGCGUGGUGGACAGCAUGCUGAAGGACCGCCACCAGGAGGAGUUCCACAAGACCAGGGCCGGCCACGUGGUCACGUGUCCGAACGCCUCCUUCACCGACCUGGCCGAGAUCGUGUCGAGAAUCGAACCGGUCAAGACGGCGCUAGUGGACGACGGCCUCUCCGAUGAGUACCAGACGGAUUACGACGAGGAGGCGGUGGAGAGCGCGCUGUCGGAUUUCGAAGCCUUCACGCAGGGCAGCGAGCACACGGAGGGCGAGGAGACGGCGGACACGGCGGAAACGGAUGAAGACGUCCGCGGCCGGCCGAGGAGGCGUUCCGUUGACCUCUGACCCCCGGCUCAGCGUGCUACGAUCAGAUACCUCAGCAGGACGAUUCAGACUGCCUUCAUCUCCUCGCUGUGUUUGACGUACAGACGCACAGGAGAGGAUUUCAAAGCCCUACUUGAGUAUUUAUUUAGCUUCUCUUCUCUUCUAAAAACUGUCUCCUGCCUUGUUUCAACCUGCCAAGAUUCAGAGUUACAGUGACGGGAUCGAAGUGCCAGAAAGAAUCACACUGGUUUUCAUUUCAGGAAACUUGGCUGUGUAACCGGGGGUCAAAGGUUAGCUCCACACCUUUAUUUUUUUAUAUUACAAAAAGGUCAAGUGUAAUAAAAUAUUGUUCAUUUUUCCAUUGUCAUUAUGAUUAUAAUGGAUCAUGCUGGGAAAAAGAACCCCCCCCCCCAACCUCACCUCUCCACCCUGAAGCUCACUGACGCCCCCCAGUGGAGGCCUGCCUCUUAUUUUGAAAAGCCCUGCCGCAGAUGUUGUGUUUCUCUUUCCUGCCUCACUGGAAACUCUCUGCGGCUUUGCUGGUAUUUUGCGCCUCGUUCUGGGAACUUUCAACACUUCAUCUCCUCUGGUUUCUGCCUGAUCUGCUCUUUAUCAUAUCGUAUCAAUGAGACGAGCCUUUAAUUUGUAAGAUUUCCCUCUUUGUAUUGAACUCCAUCUAAACUGAUCUAGUUCUUCGUCGUGCCGCUGAGGUGUUUUUGCAGAGCCGCAUGCUCGCCCUGUUUCACACAAACUCAGAAGGAAACUAACUCACAUUCUGGGAAAUUGGAUGUUUCCUCAUCCCGAGGUGAGGUUUAGAAUAUACUGAAGCGUUUGGAAGUGUCGAACACACUGUUCAUAUUUAAUGCCGUCACCUUUGACUUGAAUAAAUUCAUGACUGAUCCUUUAAUGACGCUUCUAGACCGCUUUUUUAUUUUAUUUUUACAAUGCUUUUCUGUUCUGAAAAGCUUCUGUCAUCACAAAGUGAAAGCUCUACGUAGAAAUACUGGUUUGAAUGAGGCUGAACGGCUUGUUUUCUGUGCACACGUGAGGAUGUAGCAGAUAAAAAAAAAAAAAAACAGAACCAACUGUCACUAAUAAUAUUGCACUUUUUUCAGCUUUGUUCUCUUCGGGGAACGUAGGUGAGGUUUGAAGGUACUGGAAUUACACUGACGGUAUUUUUACUGCUGUCAAACGU